GGCGGGCGGGCGUGCUGCAGCGGAGCCGGGGGGCUCGGACUCGGGCCUCCUUGGAAAGAGGCAGCUCCUACUGGCAAUGGGUGUCUCUUGCCCCGCAGAGGACAGGCCACGUCGUGGGGGUGUGUCGGGGUGUCGGCCGUCCCCUGGAGAAGAAGGCCAGGGCUUUUUUUGCAGUUGCCAGGUCCUCAAUAGGAAAUGCUGGUGUUGCAAGCUCAAAAUGAUCGUACUUGCUGAAAAACUCGAGUGCGCUGGGGGGAAAAAGAUGCAAAGUACAGUGCAAAUAAGUAGGCAUAUCAGUCUUCUGGUUUAUUUUAUGUAGCUCACUGUAAGUCUUUGGCUCAGAUCAAGUGGAUUGGGGGAUCCAAACAGUGCCAUAGCAAGAGGGGCAAGCAGGGUGCCAAGGGGUGCGGGACGGAGCUGCGAGCGGUUUGUUUGCGGGGACGGGGGAAGGGUGGCUCCCACCACUGUGUGCGCUCCCGGGCAAGCAUGGGGGGCGGGGGUGCCCCCUGGAUUUGUGUACAGGGCAAGGGCAGGAUGCCACUGUGGGCUUUGCCCUAGACACCCAACUUCAUUGUUACAGCACUGGAUCCAAAGCACAAGACCUCCAGACUUGCUGCCAAUGGAUUUGGUAGUUUCUGAAGCCCCAAGCUGAUGCUUGUCACUGGUGGUAGCAUCACACAGACUCGAAUGAUUGAGCUUUGCUAUAAAUUGCCAGUGAGUGAGUGAGAACUGGGUCAUCAAAAUUGAAGCAGUUCUUUGUUUUGAGGCAAGCAGUCAUAAGGAAGUGCUGACAGCAAACCCAAAAGUCUUUUGCUAAGAUCAAGUGGUAUCGGGGGCACCUGAACCACAGGACCUACGGCCUGCACAUGGGAUGCCUGCCAAUGGAUUUGGAAGUAUCUGAGUAGCACCACAUGGACUUGAACGAUUGAGCUGUGCUCAGUUGAUAGGAUUUGGAACUGAUUUGGCUAAUUUGACCUGGAUCACAAAAUAUAUUAUUAAAACAAAACCAAACCCAAAAGUCAGUUAAGACUCCCUGAGAGCAACUUGGGUUUUACAUAUGCUGCAUCAGUUAGCUGCCUCAAAAAAUAUCGUACGUUUUGAACACUUCCAAUAUUAUUGAUCGUACAUUUUAAAAGGUUGAAAUUAUUGUACAAAUAUGAUAAUUAUUGAACUCGUGGCAACACUGCUUCCUUCCCACCUAGCGUUGCCCAUGGAAAAUUACCAGCAAGGCUUUUAUGACAAAGAGCUCAAGUGGCCCUGACUGGCCUGAAGUCAUUGAGCGCUUCAGAGCCCCAUUGGGUUUUGCUUGUGAAUCACCUUGGAGCGCUACCAGGACACGGCACCCUUGAGAGGAUUGCAAGGUGGCUCAGGGUGCUGCAGCACCCAGGUUGGGAAUCGCAAGCGUGAAGGCCCUGACACAGGGGGAUAGGGCUUGGGGUCUCAAGAUAUCCUGACAGAUAUCCUGAAUUACUGUGUUCAGCCUGGCAGCUUCUGCGCCAUUUUCAUCUCAGCUGGCACCUGUGUCAGUUUUGGUGCCGUGGCUUUUUUCUGAAAUCCAAGCUUCCUCCAGAAAAAGGCAGCAGGCUGGACCUGCAGAGAGCCAGAAGGCAGCGGGUAGGUGAGGAAUCUCCAUCCCGGUCUCCUCAGUCUGAUUCUCAUCCAGGCUGCUGCUGCACCCUGAGGUGCCUUGAGAUCCUUUCCUGCAGGGUGCCGGGCAAUGUGAGCACCGAGGUGUACAAACAUGAAUCGCAAGAUAAUCCCAGAGAUUUCAAAUAGGAAUCCAUUGUCUUAAAAGCAUUCUGAUUUGUUAGGAUCAUUCUGAGUUCUUUGCAACAGAAGAAUGACUAGAUUAUUUUUCUGUAAUUAAAAAGCAAGUGAAAAGUAGGAGCUGGUGUUUUCCUAGGGGUGUCUCAAGUCUAUCAAGUGGUGCCUUGAGUCUAAAAACGUUGAGAACCACCCAUUUAAGCUUUGUGUAGGUGACGCAAAACAGCAAAACAAGGCAAGUAUUGAGAGUGAAUAUUGGUCAGCAGCACAUUGGAUAAUUUUGCUUCUUUCUAUUGCUUUGGCAUGGAAGAUUUCCCAGGCCACAGAGGGUGGCUUGCUUGUAUGCAUAUUAUUAUUUGUAGUUACACACUCAAUUUCAAAGAAAUGAUGUAAAAUAGUUUCAGAUCCUGUGCCUGGCCUUUUGUUCCCCUGCCAAAUUUUCUAGUUGUACGGAGAUGCAUUUUCCUAUUUAUUAAAAAUGUCAUCUCUAACUGCUGUAUGAAAGACACCCUCCCCCACAAAACUCCCCACUACACACACGUACAGAACAGGGGACCUAGGAGAUGCUAAGUCCCACGAUGGAGUCUGCUGCCACUCUUUUCAACUUAUACAAAUCAGACUAGAGUAAAAGCCCAAGUAGCUACUAUAUAGGGGAACUGAUUUACACAGUUGCAUAUAAUAAACUGAAAAUAGAGAACGCUUCUCUUUCUGUAACAUUAAAACAUAAAGAUUACUUAUGUAGCACAUAAUAGAUAACAUGUUUUCAGACAGAAAUGUUUUUUCCUCUUAAAAAAGUCAGUUUACAAAGCCAUUUGCAAAGACUUGUUUUUUUUAAAGGCAGCUUCUGCCCCAUUUUACUUUUUAUCAUGCACUCUACAAAUGAAGACUUUCCUCUUUGUGGGAGACUAAUUACCAACAGUCAGUCUGUACCCAGCUAUGGUUGGUGUUGUGCUCCAUAAAUGAAGCCAAGUGACGCUGGCAAAUAAGAAAAUCCAGUUAUAGUUUUCAAAUUUUAAAUCACAGCUGUUACUAUAUUCAUACCAGGAUCUUCUAAAAUCAGAGCAGGAAAACUGGAAAGUAAUGUCAGCAAGAUAUAAGGAUAUGGCAGAAAAAAUCAAACAGAAAUUAGAAGUAUUCUAUGACAAGUAUACAUUCAAUCAAGACCGCCCAAUGGUGAGUGGCAAAAAGAAUACUAAAAAUGUGUUGUGGUUCCGUACAAAUAAGCAGUAAGUAAAUAACUGGAUAAAACUAGUCCUGUUAGGAAAUUCUGUUGUUCUUGUUUUUAAGUUGUUUGUGUGUACAGUCAUGUUUAUUAAAUAGUUAGCUCACUACGGACUAUUACAAAAUAGUCUGGCAUAUGUCUGUUGGGUAUCACAGGUGUGGUUGCUCUCUAGGUAAGCCAUCCCACAAACAAUAAUUGUUAUUACAGGUUUCCCUUGCUUUAUGCUGUACACACAUUCCUGGAAGACAGUGCAUAACUCGAAUCUGCAUAAAGGGAACCCACUUUACAAUGGAAUAAAUAGGGAUACGUUCCAAGAACUUAACUGUACUGACCCCCAGAUCCAUUUCUACCACUUUUACAACACAAUUUUGGUACUCACCAGCAGCAGACAGUACACACAAGCACAGGACACUAUUAUAACGGGGAUGGCAACUACAGAAACGUGUCACAGACAACAAGCGAGGAGCACUGAUCCACACAGGAAACUAUAUUUUGGUGCGCGUCACUCCCACAAUGCACUGCAGAAAGCAGCUGACUGUGGGUUUCCACCACACCAAUCACAUGAGUGAAUUUACUUCGCAUAUAACAAUUUUUGGUAUAAAAAGGGUCAUCGCAUAGCGAAUUCGUACAUACAGAACCCUCAUAAAGCAAGGGAAACCUGUAGUAACAAACAAGAUAGAGUUAAGCUGACUUUCUGACAACCAUCUCAGGGAAGUGUAUGAUAAUACAUAAGUGCUUUCAGCCAUUCAUUAAAAGGAGGGAAAUGAAUUGUGGGGAUUCAAUUCCAUGUACUAAUGAAAGUGCUAUCAUCUGGAAGACCUUUGCUCUGUUAGGCCAUGAUCCCACUUAUACAUGUUUAAUUUGCCUAAACUAAGUAGAUUCAUUGAAAUCAAUUGGGCUUCUUGAGGAAGUGUUCAUAGGAUUAGAGCUUGGGCCCUAGUCCUUAAUGAAUUUGCGUACAAAUUCAAUUUUAGGCAUAAGAGUUGUCCCCUUGAACUCAAAUUGGCGAAUUAUUUUCUUGUGUGUGUUUGUUUUUUUUUUUUUGUAAUUUAUUUCAGUGGAACUACUCACAUGCUUUAUAUUUUGCAUGUAUGUAUGUAUAAGGGACUGGAAGGGAAUGUUUGGGUCAUCAAGUCCUUUCCCCUGCUGUCUCAGGCAGCCACUUCAUAUAAUCCCUUUUCUAAACCGAUAAAACUCUGUCAUAAGUAUGUGUUUACUUCAAGAACUAGGGUUCAGUCCUUGCUUAAAUAACUUUAAUUAUGUGAGUGUUCUUUUGAAGUCAGCUGUUAUUAGGGGAAUGCCUACUGUUUAUGUAAUCAAAGUAAAUGUCUUCUCUAUUAUGACGAUUGUAUUUGCUGAAAAAAUUGUAGCUUAUUAUCCUAUAUAUAAUUCCCUCUUUCUGCUUGUCUGAAUAAGGCUAACACACUUCCAGGAUAUCGGACACUUCUCAUAUUUUUGUCAUCUAUAUAAAAUAUAAAAUGAUUUCAUAUGAUGCUGAACUAGAUUUUUAUACAUGAAACUAUAUACCUACUCAUGAUGGGUAUAACUGUCAUUAAAAACAUUCUUUUUAGGAAAUAUUUUUGAUCCCUAGUAACUGUCCAACAUUUAAUUGUGAAUUAAAUGUAUUUGCAAUGUGUCCGUUUUGCACCUAACAGAUUAGAUUUGGGAAUUUUGUUUACUUUGAAGAAAAUGGCUGCAUAUUGCGUUCAGUAGCUGAUGGAGACAAAGGAAGUGCUGAAGUUUUACUUAGUACUGAAGAUCUUUGUUUUCAUGAUGCCUUCAUUCAACGCCUCAGAAUUUCUCCUGAUGAAAGAAUGGGCUACAAAUAAUGUUCUGUUUUACACCAGUCAAGAAAACCUCGUAUGCCAUAAUGUGUUUCUGACCACUUUGACUAAUACAAAACAUACUGAGCUAGUUUACACAGAACAAGAUCCAAGAUUUUUUGUGGAUAUAUGUUGCACAAAGGAUAGGCGUUUUCUCACUAUCAACAGUAACAGCAAGACUACCUCUGAAGUUUGGUUGGUUGAUUGUAGCCAUCCUUUUAAAUCACCUGUUCUUGUACAACAGCGAACAAAAGGGGUUAUUUACCAUAUUGAGCACAGAAAUGAUGAAUUAUAUAUUCUUACUACAUAUGGACAACCUGCAGAAUACAAGCUGAUGAAGACACCACUUGGUUCCUGUGGCAUGGAAAACUGGCAGUCUGUUUACACACUGAAAGAAAAGACUAAGCUAAUAGACAUGGAGAUGUUCAAAGAUCAGUGUGUGAUGUUUCUGAAAUACUACAAUCAUCUUUAUUUAAAUGUGAUUUCUCUUGGUUCUCACUCUGUUCAGUCUGUUGAGCUACCUGCCUGGGCCUGUGCAUUUGAAUUGGAACCCCAUCCUGAGUACAACACCAGCACUUGCUAUUUUCAGCUUGCCUCCCCUGUUCAGCCCCCUAAACGUUUUGCAUAUUCAUUGGUGGAAAACCAUCUCAUUGAGCAAGUUGAGCAAGAGGUACCAAUUACACUGAAUUGUCACACUGUACAUUUAACAGCUAAAAGCAAGGAUGAAACUUUGGUGCCAAUUACAGUUUUUCAUAAUACAGAUUCUAAAGAGCUACACAGGAAACCACUUCUAGUUCAUGUAUAUGGAGCUUAUGGCAUAGAUUUGAACAUGAGCUUUAAAGCUGAGAAUUUGAUGUUAAUUGACAAUGGUUGGAUAUUAGCAUAUUGCCAUGUUAGGGGUGGAGGAGAGUUAGGCCUUGGCUGGCACAGAGAUGGAUGUAAGCAUAAUAAACUCAAUGGUUUCUAUGACCUAAAGGCUUGCAUGAUGCUGCUGCAUGAAGUAGGAUUUUCUCAGCCAAAGUAUACAGCUCUAACAGGUGCCAGUGCAGGAGGAGUUCUUGCUGGAGCCCUUUGCAAUGCUGACCCAGAACUCUUCGGAGCCAUGGUCUUACAGGCCCCUUUCUUGGAUGUUUUAAAUACAAUGUUGGAUAUUCAUCUCCCACUGACAGUUGAAGAACAGGAAGAAUGGGGAGACCCUUUAACAGACGAUAAAUACAUGGAGUAUAUUAAGAGUUACUGUCCAUAUCAUAAUAUUAAGCCACAGCAUUAUCCUUCAGUCUUAAUCACAGCUUAUGAAAAUGAUGAACGAAUACCACUGACAGGAGUAUUAAGAUAUAUUCAUAAACUCAGAAAAGCUGUAAUGGAUCAUGCUAGCAGUAAAUAUAAGCAAGAAAUUGCAAGUAUGAUAGUUUCCAGAGACAUAACUGGUCCUUCCCCAUGCAUCCCACCCCAACCCCGGGAAGAUGUCACUAUUGCAGGGACAGGAAGUCCAGCACCUAACAUCAUCUUAAAUGUUCAGACAGGAGGUAGUCAUUGUGCUCCAUCUUGGGAGGAUUUAUUAAAUGAGGUGGCAGGACACCUUGCUUUUCUGCAUAGAGAACUCAAACUUGAGGGGAAGUAACUUGCAGUGGUUUAUUUAUUAUGCAGUUGUUUUUAUAUAUUGCAGCAAAUGCUAAAGAAGUAGACAUAUACAUCCAUGAGCUUAUCGGAGAGCUGAAAAAACUACAUCAUGCAUAUGCAAUUUAAAAAUGGAUCACUCACUUUGGAAAAGCUACCAGCUACAAUACAGUCCCACUUUCAGGUCCCUGCUUUCAGUGUACAAUCAGGAAUUUCAGAAGGCAGAGUUUUGUGGGUUAUUCACUUACAUAUACACAGCAACUGCGAGUGGUAAAAUCCUCCCCUGCUGAAUGAAAUAAGCAACUCCUUGUGAUACCUGGUGCUUUUGCAAACAAAGAAUCAAGAUGACUGAUUAAUACAGCUGCAUCCCAAUUCUGUAGGAGAAGAUGGAUCCCUUGGUAAAAAUCUUUGGUGCACAAUUAUGGCAUGGUCAGUAAGUUUCUCUUACCUGAUACCAGCACAUGAACUCAUCCAGGACUACUAAAUAACUGUCUUACUCUUUUCUGAAAUUUUCCUGCUGCUGUGUAAUUAAAAUAUUUUUAAUUGUGCUAAUAA